GUAUGACAAUUUCAUGCGCGGGAAUGAUCAAUUGUCAAACAGAUUCCGUUUCGUGUCUUCCUCCCUGGUCAACAAAGCAUUAAUUUGUAGGGAACCGGAUUCAUGUAGAGAGUACUUAGUCAAGAGAUUCAUGGCCAGCAGUACAAACAACUUGUAUCUUUGGCCGUAUAAUUCAGGGUGUCACUGGUUGUUGCUUGCUAUUGAUCCUUUAAAAGAAGUGGUAUAUUUUCUGAAUUCGAUAGAUGGUGAAUGGACAAAUUAUCCGGAUAUGAAGCAAUUAGUUGAUACAUCAAUAAAAGUGUUCCGAUCUCAAAGACAAGCUCGAGUACCACGUACUAAAUCCAGCAACAUUACGUGGAUAAAAGUGCAGGUACUUUAAUUUUCACAAUUUUGCUUAUAAUAGUGAUGCUACUUGAUAAGAAAAGAUAACUAUACAUUCUUAUUUUUUUUUUCUAUGUAGUGUCCUCUACAGCGCAACGGUAUCGAUUGCGGAUACUUUGUAAUGAGGUUUAUGAGGGAAAUCAUUAAUAUGAAUCAAAUAGAGAUUCCAAUCACGGUAUGGAUUUAUA